AUGGCAACCCUCAGCGACGAUGAUAUCGAGAAGCUCUUCUCCGGAGCUCCUCAAUACUUUGCUCGCUCCGAGGGCCAUUACACCGGCGCCCCACACCCCUCCGUCGCCUUUCCUUGGGACGAAUCCCUCGAAAUCCGCGACUUGACAGACCAUGUACAAAUUGAAGACGCCGCCUGGAGCUGCAUCACAGCAUGGCCUCAUAUCACGAGAGACAUGAACAGCAAUCCGGCUGCCAUCAGGUGUGCUAGAGAGAGGAAGCGCGCCCACUUCCACCCGCGAUGUCGAGAGCGGCCUAAUAUGCUGAGCAUGCAAGGUCUGGAGAAGGGCACAAUGGGAUAUCAGGCGGCGCUCGAGAUGCCUGUUGGUGACGCCCUACAGGAAGAGCAGUUUGGUUUCGACAGUCUCGGGACCAAGGCCAAUGCCAUUAUCGAGCAGCGGCAAAAGUUGCUGGCCUCCAAGGACGGUCUUCGCCGCCUGGAGGAGUCGGCUAUCCUGGACCAGCUCAUUAAGAAUGGGGCGAGAUACAAAGAGAACAGAGUUCACAGGAAGAUUUCCCACACCCUAUACAACGAACUGUUCCUCGGCAUCCUCUACCCGCCAACUCGCGUCAUCGACCACCACGACCCCUACAGCCUUUCAGUUCAAAUCCAAGCGCUUGUCAAGGUGCUCGCUGCGCCGAACGUCUGGAUCGAUUUUUCUCAUGUUGAAUGGAGGAUCCGUCUCGGGCAAAUAUUGUGGGGCUCGUUCGAGGGUGACGAGCUCGAGACUGAAGUUGAGAUUGAUGACGCCGAAACCAAUGAGGAGCGUAAAGAGGAGAGAUAUUGGUUGCUGCUGCAAAUCCUCCUCGCUUGUGAACUUCUAAUAAGACUAGACGCCAUAAUUGAGGGCGAAGAAUUGGGUAUCGAAAGUAUCAGGCCCGCCGAAAUCCAUCGUUUUGAGAAGGAUGCCAACCAGUCAGUUAAGUGGUCACUGCACCUUGCACGGGCUUGGCUUGAGAACAUCGAGAUUGUAGAGGCCAAGGUUGAUCCUACGAGCGUUGGACAGAAGCGCAACUCUGGCGGCUGGUUGGCUUCAUUGACCGGCAAGAUGAGUUUGCAUCAUCACAACCAUGCCACCACAGGAGACAGCGUUUCUAUAUACACCAUUCAAGGACGAUACAUCGAGCGGCAAGUCAGCGGUCUGACACACUUUGCGAGAAAGCUUCGGUGGCCCGACAUCGAGUCGGAUACCUAUGCUGAACACAUCUCAGAGACCGUCAACAAAGUCUCUGAGGCGACCCCUAUUCACACACCCGCCGAAACUCCGCUGAGCAUUGACACGCGGAGAUCAUCUUACUUUGGGGGCGGCCGGGCUGAGGCAAGCGUCACACGGCACCCGUCAGGAAAACGCAAGAUUUCAGCGGCUCUUCAUCCUUCCGGCUGGCUUUCAAAGUCCUACGUAUCAGGUCUGAUGCUCCCAGGUGAAGGACUCUAUCAUUUGAUCAUGUCAACUUUGUUGGAGAACGACAAAGAGGCCAUGGCGAAACUGGGCCCAAUGGCCAACCUGUGUGGCGGUUUCGUAUACAGAGGAAAGAGUUUCUGGAGCACCGCUUGCAUCGUUGGUCGGGUUCUGGCAGCUGGUAAUGGAUCUGCCCAAUGCAUGGGCUGGAUUUCAAGCGAUAUUACUCCCCACGGCCAUGCCGACGGAUGGGUUAACAUCGAUGUUGCCGAAGUUUCCGCCUUGGCAGCCGAUAUGAAGAAGACUGGCCGACAAGCCAGACUUUGGGGAAAGACUCACGUCGAGCGUGAGUCCUGCGUCCUAGGGGACGCAGACCCUAAAUCAGUGCUCCCUGCCGACUUCAUCAUUCCUUACGAAAACAACUAUUCCGAGCCGCCCCCGAGCUUGAGCAUUGGGCUGAUAUCCCUUAACCUGUUUGCUCCUGUAGACUCGGUUCAGUCUACUCCAACCGAGGAAGUGUUGACUCCGCUCUCUGAUGUAACUAGAGCCCCAGAGCUUCACACGUAUCCGGCCUCUGUUUCGUUUUCCGUUGGACCCCUUGGCGGCGAAGCCAAAGAGUACAACUACGCCUUGUCUAAUGACAUCCAAUUCGUCACAGCACAUCCCUGUGCUCCCUCAUCUCGUGUCAAGGUGAUGAGGUCGCCGUCGAGCCCCACAAUUCAGCAGAUUGAUGUGGAUGGUACCAGCAUCGGUGGCAAGAGCUCCAGUCCUACCACUAUCACAGGACACCCCCUGCACAAGUUCUUUACAUAUACCGUCAUUCACCUUUCGGAGCUUCUUGAGAAACCAAACGUCUCGCUGGAGGAUCUUCUGCUCAAUACGACAUCCAUCCGACGCCCAUCCCUCACCCCUACGACUAACACAACACCUCGGGUACUAGUCAUCGACUGCAUCACGAACUUCACGCGACAGCCGCCAACGCAGGAGACCCCUACGUCACCUAUUCUGGAGCGCACCGCUAAUGGCGCUAGUCUCGCGGCUGCUAAGAUGCAUCUGGAGUCGCGACGUCGUCAGUUCGGUAGCGAUAUGGAGAUUCUCGUCCGGGCAUUUUGCGCUGAGAAGGGCUGGAAUGCCAUCAUCUCGCGACGCCGGCGGGGCUGCCUUGCCUGCGCUAUCAGAGAGGCCGGGGCACUGGCGUGGAAGGUCAUCAUUCGUGUUGACUAG